AGUCAUGCACAGGAAAACCAAGAGCAUUUGCUACUUCAUGUCAAGAACAAUAGACAGUCUGUCAGUGUGCUCAGAGGCUUUAGAGAGACAGGUUUAACAAGGAACACUAAAUUAUUAUGUUUAGCCGGGGGAACCAUUAUAAGGACAUGAGGAGGACUUAAACCCGAGGAUUUUUGCUGUUUGGAACUGUGGAUUAACAGCAUUGUACGUGACAAGCUACUGAUCAUGUCUCUCCCAGAGGAGGAUCUCACAUGUCCAAUCUGCUUCGACAUCUUUACAGACCCUGUGCUGCUGCCAUGUAGCCACAGCUUCUGCAGGAGCUGUCUAAAGCGCUGUUGGGAAACAGGCUUACGUGAGUGUCCAGUAUGCAGGAAAAGAGCCUCUAAGGCUAGUCCUCACACCAAUUUGGCUCUGAGAAAUGUCUGUGAAGCCCUUUUGCGGGUCAGGAAGAAUUCAAUGUUGGUCGAAGAAACAAUGAACUGUAUUCUGCACGGGGAGAAGUUAAAACUUUUCUGUCUGGUUGACAAACAACCCAUCUGUGUAGUGUGUCAAUCUUCCAAACUGCACAAGGGUCACGGCUGCUCGCCUAUAGAAGAGGCAGUGCUGGACUGCAAGGAUGAACUUGCUUUAUCACUCAAGAACUUGCAAGAUAAAAAUGACUGCCUCCAAAGAAUUCAGAGAACAUCUGCAGACAUGUUCAAAUUCAUCAAGAGUCAGGCACUGGAAACCCAGACAUUGAUCGAGAGCCAGUUCAAGCAAAUGCACCAAGUCCUCUACGAGGAGGAGUCAGCCAGAAUAGCUGUUGUUAAAAAAGAAGAAGAAGAAAAGAUAGCAGAAUUGAAGGAUAAGAUUAAAGAACUCUCAGCAGAAGUGAUGUCGCUUGCAGAGACCAUCUCAAUCAUACAGGAGCAGCUGAAAGAAGAAGAUUUGAUCUUAAUGAAGAAUUUUAAAGCCACUCAGGACAGAGAAAAAAGCAUACCUCUUGGUUCAGACAACUUGUCCGGGUUACUUAUUGAUGUGACCAAGCAUCUCUGCAACCUCAAGUAUAAAGUCUGGGAGAAAAUGCUGGACCAUAUUGACUAUACUCCAGUGACUUUGGACCCAAAUACAGCACACCCCUGCCUCAUCCUGUCGGACGACCUCACUUCCCUCCACUACUCAAAGCAGCACACUGGUUGCCCUGACAACCAAGAGCGCUUCCACAUGAGCGCAGAAGUCGUUGGCAUGGACGCACUUGGCUCAGGAAGCCACCACUGGAUUGUGGAAACAGGAAAUAAUCAGGACUGGCUCCUGGGCGUGGCCUCUUUGUCUGUACCUAGAAACUCUGAGGUCUGUGCUCGGCCUGAAAACGGCUUCUGGACUUUGUGUUUCCGGGACGGAGAGUUCAGGGCAAUGACCUCGCCUCCCACCUCACUGACAGUAACAAGAGCACCCAAACAGGUCAAAAUGCAACUGGAUUACAACAAAGGGACAAUGUCUUUCUUUGACCCUGCUGAUGACACACUCAUUUAUGCAUUCACACACACGUUCACAGAAACUUUACUUCCAUAUUUCUAUACACAAGACAGUCAUCCAUUGAAAAUAAUGCCAGAGAAAGUACUCAUUACAAUGUUGCGUCAAUAAGUGGUUAACAAAAAAUCAAGUAAAUCAUUUGAUAUUAGUGGCCGCUAUCAGUCAUUUAUUAAGGCCUGAAACUUGAACCCUUUAACUCAUUUUGCAACUUUUGGAGCUUAUGCUAAAGCAAUUGCCAUUGGAAAAUUGGUUUUGGUUUUUCUCUGGUAGGUCAAGCAGCCAAUAUGGCUCUUUCAAUCACAAUUUCUGUCAUACAUCCUAAAAUGCUGGAUAAAUAGAAGCAAUAACCUUAACGAAUUAGGUUUGGAAACCAUUCAGGUAUAGUUCUUUAAAAAAAAGAACAAAGAAUAAGAAGUUUAGAAUAGAAUCGGAGGAUGAAACCCUCUUUAUUAGUCAUAUACAUGCACACAGUGAAAUUUGACCUCUGCAUUUAACCCAUCCUAGUAUUAUGGGCAGUGGGCAGCUAUUGUGCAGCGCCCGGGGAGCAAUGGGGAGGGGGGAUUGGAGGUGUCCUGUGCUUUGCUCAAGGGCACCACAGCAGGGCCUAGGAGGUGAACUGGGACCUCUCCAAGUAGCAGUCCACUUUCCAGAUUUCAAGUCUGUUCGGGGACUUGAACCGGCAACCCUACGAUUCCCAGUCCAAACCCCUACUGACUGAGCCACUGCUGGUUUGUGUCCAUCCAUAAGUGGGUUAUGGUUUGUAGCAUCCAAUUUGUUCCUCAUGUUUAAAUAUUUUGAAUGGCCUGCAGCCUUACGUCUGAUGUAUAAUACUGCUGUACAGGUUUUCUAUCAUUCUUAUAUUGGUAGUCAUUUUAUUUUAUGGUGGUUUUGAAUGAAGUAUGUGAAGGAUAGAACAAUGCACUUUUGGAAAAACACACACACACACACACACACACACACACACACACACACACACACACACACACACACACACACACACACACACACACACACACAAAUCACAUUCUUCACAGUCAAGUUUAUUGGAUACUUUUGUACACAUGAUGGCGCCAUAACCAAAGCAAUAAAGGUUUUCAUUACAGUGGAGACUGCAUCACACACAUAAACCUUGUGCUGUGUUUGAAAAUGAAUCUUAAACAUGAUCAGUUUGUGAAAGCCUUAUAUUAAAAUGUUGAUUUGCCAA